GAACAAUCAAGCUGCCGACAACUCUACGUCGCCGAGCACAUUUCGUCUCUAGGCUGAAAACAUAAAUGCUUGCCCGUGCACGUUCUCGUCUCUAGGCCAGAAUCAGGCAUGACCUUCGAAAGAUCGAACAUUGGGCUAGAAGAACUUGAAUCCUCGUAAGAACGGGAGAGCCCAUCGAAAGGCCGCCUUUCGAUUUGCCUGCCUCAACGUCAUCGGUUCAUAUCGUGAUAUGAACCGUGAAGAAGACAGACGAACUGGAAUGUUUCAUUAAGCUGGAAAGUAGAGAUCCGAUGCUGAAAGGAGUUGAAGCUGAUAUCAAAUUUCCUGGAUAAGAAUUUGUGGGAGUCGUCUUUCGAGCUUUGACGUUCUUUGCGGGAAGGAAUAUCAUGAUGAAGCGGUGCUGCUUGUUGUUACUUCUGGGUGCCGUACUUCUUCUGUGUCUUUGCCAUGAAUCGAAUGCGCAGUUGCCGAAGAAGGCCAUUGCCAGUGCGAGAAAGGAGGACGUGAAAUAUAUUAAAUGCGGGGUAUGCGAGGAAAUCGUAAAGCAGCUUACACGUCAAGUAAAGAAGAAAAAAGAAAAGAUCGCACCCAAAAAGCUUACUGAGCUCGACAUAAUUAACCUCGCGGAGAACAUUUGUAACUUGAAGAAAGAGGAAGCUGACUGGUUAAUGUUCUUUGACUUAGUUGAAGAAGGUGACAAGCUCAAGCUUGUUGAGCAAGCAGAAGAAGGUGAAUGCAACACAGAGUGCCGAACACUGGAGCGUGCUUGUCAAGAGGUGAUGGGGGAUCAUGACACAGAUGUGGCUGAGUUCAUGUACAAAGGAAAUGUACAAAGAGCAGCUGUAUCAAAAUUUCUUUGCAAAGAUCUAAGCAAGGCUUGUGUCGGCAAACCUCCGCCACUUCCGAAGAAUCGUGAAACUGGACCGCCGUUCUCUCCAAAACCGUCCAAGGAUGCUGAAAUGGAGAGAAUAAUGCGUUCGAUGAGUGAUAUGCCAGGUGCACCGGGUAUGCAGAUGUUUUCGAAGGAAGAAUUAAUGAAACGACGUUUUGGCAGUGAAGAUGAGGAUGACGAUGAUGAGGAGGAGGAGGAUGAUCAGGCUGACCAGAAAUUUACUAAUGUAGCCAAGGAACACUUGAAAAAAUCUCGAAGUGCUUCCGGGAUUAAAGAACAAGCUCAAGCUGUCUUUGGGAAGUUGAAGUCGGGGUUGAAGGAAGCUGCAGAUGCCUUGCGAUACCAUGCUGGGAAGUUCUGGUACGGAAGCAACGGUUCUACCAAAGAUAAACGUAUCACUAAAUCGACCCCUAAAUCCAAGUCUGUAAAAUCUUCCAAAUCUGAGCUUUGAUUAGGAAGUUUCUUUCUAAAGCCGGAAGGUCUUUACUUGUCAAGGCGAUCGUCUUCUGUUUAUUUGAAGACAAAGCCGAGUUUGCCUUUGCCUUGUCAUGAGGACCCAGGUCUUCUGAUACGAACUCUUUGGGCCAAGGAGGUAAGGAUUGACAUUGAAACACCAGAUAGACUUUAGUCCCCAUCAGUUCGCAUCGUUAGCCCUGCGUACUCGCCAGUAGAGGGUAUCAUAGAAUCAUCGUGUAGAUCACAUUCUUGUCGAGUCCAUUCGACCGAAAUGAUCACGGAUUAGUCAGGUAUACGGAUGUGUAUGAGAGCAUUUGUAACAGAAGCUGUAGUUGGAGCCUAUCAUCAGGUUAAUAUGAUGAAUUCAUUCAUUUUCGGGUUGGUU